CAAUCAGAGAUAGGGAUCUGUUACUAAGGUGUAGCGUCCUCGAGGGAGAUGGAAACAUGGCGGCCUCCAGGCCUGGAUCUUACUGUGGGGAGGUGAAAGAGCUGCGUCGGGACGGUUAUGGAGUUUACGUUUACCCUAAUUCUUUCUUCCAGUAUGAAGGAGAGUGGAAGCAAGGGAGAAAACACGGUCACGGGAAAUUGCUGUUUAAAGAUGGAAGUUAUUAUGAAGGCGAGUUCGUAGAUGGAGAAAUUAAGGGCAACGGACUCAGAUACUGGGCAUCUACAGGGAAUACUUAUUCUGGCCAGUUCCUCUUUGGAGAGCUGCACGGGCAUGGAGUCAUUCGCUAUGCAGAUGGUGGAAAAUAUGAAGGGGAGUUCUCCUAUGGAAUGCGAGAAGGCCACGGGUUACUGACUGACAAGGAUGGACAAAUAUAUCAAGGAAGCUUCCAUAGCAACAAAAAACAUGGAGGAGGGAAAAUGAUCUUCAAAAAUGGGGAUGAAUUUGAAGGAGACUGGAUCCUGGACCAGAGACAAGGUCACGGAAUGCUUCACUGUGCCAAUGGAACUGUAUACGAGGGACAGUGGAGAAAUGACACAUUCAACGGACACGGCUCUAUAAUCCAUUGUUCAGGUGUCAUCUAUGAUGGACUGUGGCUCAAUGGCUACCCUGUUGGACAAGCAAAGAAGAUUGUGAUUAUGGGACCAGAGGUUAUUGAGAUAGUGCAAGGGUCUUCCCAUACAUUUCAAGUGCAGCUGGAAAACGAGAAAGGAGAGGUUUGUGAAAGUGAGAGUGGUCGACUGCUGGAGAUCAGUGCUGGUAUCCAAGCAGGCCAGCUUUCUGAAAGUUUAAAAACCAAUUCCUAUGAGUUCCUUGAGCAAACUGGGAGGCAGCCAAUCAAAAGCUCUUUCGGAUUUGAGUAUAUUCCGUAUCCUUUGAUGACUGUCACGUCUGGAAGCCAGAAGCCGCAAGCUGCCCUGCCUGCUGUUGGUGAAAAUCAACUUGCCCUGCUUGAACUGCUAAUACCCCCAAGUGCCUUAGAACCAGAAUCUGGAUCAAAACCCCUGGGUGGUGCAGGAGAUCCCCUUAGCAACCACUAUGAAAAUGAAAGUGGCUGUUUCCGAAGAGUUGAGCGCGGCUGUGCCAUUUUCAGUAGCAUCAUCCUUGCACCUCUUCUAGGAGAUCCUCAACCUGCUGCGCAGUCAGAUGAGCCAAAUGAAAAAGGGGGCAAAAAGGCAAGUGUCAAGACCAUUGCAGAGAAAAUGACUGCUUCCCAGGAGACGGUUGGAGAUAGCAGGUCUGAAGGGGAAGCUGAAGGAUGGAAGGGUUCUAGAGCAAGCCAUAAUCAGAAAGUCACUGCAGCACCACCAGGAGAGUAUGUAAUUAUGGUCCAUGAAGUGACUUCACCUCCAUUCCUAGGCCAGCAUCUCCCACCUGCGUUCAAGCUCUUGAGGGUUAUGCCAAAGAGAGGCAAAAGUGCAGGUUCUGAAAAGGAAACAAAAAAAGAUGUUGUCAAUUGAAGAAAAGAAAUUGAAAGAUGUGACCACGACUAUGCCCAGCUGGACACAGGUGAACUAUUUCCCCUUAAGAGCUGUGACAAUUGAUUAUUAAUAUAAUAUCCCCACCCUCAACACCAAUAGUUAAAAUUUGAUCCCUUAAAAACUGGCUAUAAAAUGAGAAAUUUGAAGCAAAGAAACAGAAAACUUCUGGUUCUAUUGGAUAUUCUUUCAGAUGAACUGUAGUUAAUUAAUACUGUGUUACUAUAGGCCAGUGAUUCUUAUUCUUGCAAGCCAGUUGCUACUUUUUACCAUUAUGUAAGCUGUGCAUUUGAAAAACAAAAACAAAAAAACUUGAUGCAUGUGUGCAACAGUUUGGUCAGAUAACCAUGGACCAUAAAGCCCAGCAAAGCAGAUGGUCAACCAACAGCCAAAAACAUACAUCGCAGAUUACAUUUAUGACUGCUGCACUUGCGCCCUAAUUGCAUGUUUGCAGCGAGAUAGCUUUGCUCUUUAAAAAAGAACUCUUGAUCACCCAGUACAUUUUUCUUUAAAAAAAUAAUAAUAAUCGCCCACUACAAGAUGGCAAGCUGAAAACUGCCAACAAUCUUGAAAA